GCUUCGGGCUGGAUGAGCUGCGCCUGGGCAGCAGCACCUUCGCCCUGGCCGGCGACUCGGCGCACAACCAAGCCAUGGUGCACUGGUCAGGCCACAACAGCAGCGUGAUUCUGAUUCUGACAAAGCUGUACGACUACAACCUGGGAAGCAUCACAGAGAGCUCUCUUUGGAGGUCAACAGAUUAUGGGACAACGUAUGAGAAGAUGAAUGAUAAAGUGGGCCUGAAGACCAUUUUGAGCUACUUGUAUGUUUGUCCGACAAACAAACGCAAGAUUAUGCUGCUGACUGAUCCAGAGGUUGAGAGCAGCUUAUUGAUUAGUUCUGAUGAAGGGGCCACCUAUCAAAAAUACCGACUGAACUUCUACAUCCAUAGCCUGCUCUUCCACCCGAAGCAGGAAGAUUGGAUMUUAGCAUAUAGUCAAGAUCAGAAGUUGUUCAGUUCAGUGGAGUUUGGCAGAAGAUGGCAGCUUCUUCACGAGGGAGUUGCACCAAACAGAUUCUAUUGGUCUAUGAUGGGAUCCAGUAGAGAGCCUGACCUUGUGCACUUGGAAGCAAAGACAGUGGAUGGUCAUGCUCAAUACAUCACCUGCAGGAUGCAGAACUGCAGUGAAGCCACCCGCAGCAAACCCUUUCCAGGCUAUAUUGACCAUAAUUCUCUGAUUGUCCAGGAUGAUUAUGUCUUUGUACAGCUGACAUCAGGAGGAAGACCACAUUAUUAUGUUUCUUAUAGGAGGAAUGCAUUUGCACAGAUGAAGCUGCCAAAGUAUUCCUUGCCUAAGGACAUGCAUGUUAUCAGCACRGAUGAGAAUCAGGUGUUUGCAGCUGUUCAAGAGUGGAACCAGAAUGAUACGUACAACCUGUACAUCUCCGACACCCGAGGGGUCUACUUYACCCUGGCCUUAGAAAAUGUCAAGAGUAGUCAAGGGCUGGAGGGCAAUGUGAUGAUUGACCUCUAUGAGGUAGCAGGGAUCAAGGGGAUGUUCUUGGCUAACAAGAAGAUUGACAACCAAGUGAAAACUUUCAUCACCUACAAUAAAGGAAGAGACUGGAGUUUGCUACAGGCUCCGGACACUGAUCUGAGAGGAAACCCUGUUCACUGUCUCCUCCCCUAUUGUUCCCUUCAUCUUCACCUGAAGGUCUCAGAAAAUCCCUAUACYUCAGGAAAUAUCGCCAGUCGAGACACUGCCCCCAGCAUUAUUGUAGCUUCAGGUAAUAUAGGUACUGAACUAUCAGAGAAUGAUAUCAGCAUGUUUGUUUCUUCUGAUGCUGGGAACACAUGGAAACAGAUUUUUGAAGAUGAGCACAGUGUUUUAUACCUGGAUCAAGGUGGAGUACUUGUUGCUAUGAAGCACACAUCCCUGCCUAUCAGACAUCUCUGGUUAAGUUUUGAUGAAGGGAACUCUUGGAGCAAAUACAGCUUCACAUCGCUCCCACUGUUUGUUGAUGGAGUGUUAGGGGAACCUGGAGAGGAAACUCUCAUCAUGACAGUGUUUGGACAUUUCAGCCACCGUUCAGAAUGGCAGCUGGUGAAAGUGGACUACAAAUCCAUUUUUGAUCGGAGAUGUGCAGAAGAGGACUACAGGCCUUGGCAACUCCAUAGCCAGGGAGAAGCUUGCAUCAUGGGAGCAAAAAGGAUCUACAGGAAGCGCAAGUCAGAGAAGAAGUGCAUGCAAGGGAAGUAUGCUGGGGCUAUGACCUCGGAGCCAUGUGUGUGCACAGAGGCAGACUUUGACUGUGAUUACGGAUAUGAACGUCACAGCAAUGGACAGUGUUUGCCAGCAUUUUGGUAUAACCCAUCUUCCUUGUCAAAAGACUGUAGCCUUGGACAGAGUUAUCUCAACAGCACUGGGUACCGGAAAGUUGUUUCUAAUAACUGCACGGAUGGUGUGAGAGAACAGUACACAGCAAAACCGCAGCAAUGUCCUGGCAAAGCCCCCCAGGGACUUCGCAUASUCACAUCUGAUGGCAAACUGACGGCUGAUCUAGGACACAACGUCACUUUCCUAGUCCAAUUGGAAGAGGGAGACCUCCAGAGAUCCAUCAUCCAAGUGGACUUUGGAGAUGGCAUUGCUGUGUCGUAUGCCAAUCUCAGCUCGACAGAAGAUGGGAUCAAGCAUAUUUAUCAGAAUGUGGGCAUAUUCCGAGUGACUGUGCUAGUGGAAAACAGCCUGGGCUCUGACAGUGCUGUACUGUACUUGCAUGUAACGUGCCCCUUGGAACAUGUUCACUUGUCUCUCCCAUUUGUCACCACAAAGAACAAAGAGGUCAACGCCACUGCAGUCCUGUGGCCAAGCCAAGUUGGAACCCUUACUUAUGUCUGGUGGUUUGGGAACAACACUGAGCCACUGAUCACACUGGAAGGCAGCAUCACUUUCACGUUCUCUGUGGAAGGGAUGAAUACCAUCACUGUUCAGGUCUCAGCAGGAAAUACCAUUCUACAGGAUACAAAGACUAUUGCUGUGUAUGAGCAAUUUCAGUCCCUCCGGUUAUCAUUCUCUCCAAACUUGGAUGACUACAACCCAGAUAUUCCAGAGUGGAGAAGGGACAUCAGUAGAGUAGUCAAGAGAGCUCUGGUGGAGGCAACAGGUAUUUCAAGCAAGCAUAUUCUGGUCGCACUGCUUCCUGGUUUGCCUACAUCUGCUGAGCUCUUCAUUUUACCAUAUAAAGAUGCCACAAGAGAAAAUAAAAGAACAGCAGAAGACUUAGAACAGAUUUCAGAAAGAGUGAUCCAGAAACUGAACCAAAAUUUGGUCCAAUUUGACCUGAAGCCAGGGGUUCGAAUCCUUGUCCAUGCUGCUCAUUUAACAGCAGCUCCCCUCGUGGACCUCACUCCCAGCCACAGUGGUUCAGCUAUGCUGAUGCUCCUUUCCGUGGUUUUUGUGGGACUAGCUGUGUUUGUAAUUUACAAGUUCAAAAGAGCAACCCCAGGCCACAGUCCAGAGCCCAAGGAAAGGAAAUGCAACCAAGGUAGUCUGGACAGAGGACUUCCAAAAGGCUUGUGGAUCACCAAGAGGUUUCAAGCAAAGACCCGGAGCGGAAGUAUUUCCACAGCUGCUGAGCCCCAGAGCACAAAAGAAAUCCCUACCUAUGUAAAUGGUUGAAUUGAGGACACCGGUAUAUAUGUAUAUCUAAAAAAAAAAAAAAAAAAAAA